CAGUACAAUUUCAGCAGCAACAACAACAACGUCAACUCAACCAACAGCAGUUGUCGUUUUAUCAACAACAGCAGCAACAACAACAUAAUUGUGAUUUUAAACGUUUUUAUUUUGACAACAACGAUCCAAUAUACGAUUUUUUGAUGGACCUGCUGGUACACAAAAUGGCGGAUGGUGGUCACACAUUCGUGAAGAAGAAUUUCCAUAAGCCUACGUAUUGUCAUCAUUGCUCCGAUAUAUUGUGGUUCGGUUUAAUUGGACAGGGUUAUAUAUGUGAAGUAUGCAAUUUUAUAAUACACGAAAGAUGUGUCACAAAUGUUGUAACUCCUUGUUCUGGCAUUGCACCAUGUAUUAUUAAGAAUCCUGUUGCGCAUUGUUGGUCUGAACCAACAACUCACAAGAAGAAAUUUUGUACAGUAUGUCGCAAACGCUUAGAUGAAACACCAUCCGUACAUUGCAUAGGUAAGUUUUGCUUUUUGCAAAAAAAAAAAAAAAAAACAAACCAAAAAAACUUCCUUUUGAAAUAUCUAGCUGAUGAAUUCGAAAAUAUUGAAAUUGCUGAUUUAAUAGAUGACAAUCAGCGUAUUAUUGACGACAGAAAACGAGCCGAUAGUACACCCGAAUUAAGUUUAAGAGAAAUUUUAUUAUUACAAAGACAACGUUUAGAACAAUCAAAACAAAAUUUUUUUCUUUCAUCUUCACCCUCUUCGUAUGCACCCUCACCCAUACCGACAAUGAUAGCGGGCGAUAUGACCUCUUCGACACUGGCAGCGGUGGCGUAUGUAAUGGAAAAAGGUUUAGAUAAAAUUAAUGACGAUGAUAUGGAGUGCGAUGAAGCAAAUGAGCAGGCCGGAGAAGGCGAAGAGCAAAAAAAUCAAAAUAAUAUAGAUGAUAUAACAGAAUUGGAUGCGAAUGAUGAUAGUGCUUUACAAUUAACACAGACCACAAAUACUACAUACUCUACACACAAUAAAAAGUGCCAAAAUACUAAAAAUAUUACAAAAUCUCCCUCUGCUUCGUCGUCUUUGCAUUUAUUUUAUACGAAUAUAGUACGUAAGAUACCAUAUCAUGGAAGGCGAAAACAUCUCUCCUCCAAUACUGAUGACGAGGACGAGGAUGUGGGUGUUUGUGAUGUAAGUGGCGGUGAUAUUAGCGAUGACUAUGAUCACUGUGAUGUGGCACUGAAGAAAAGGGCAGCUGGUGCUAAACUACAGGGUCCAAGUGAACGAGCGGCAGCAGAAGGCCAUGGCGUUGGUAGUGAUUGCGACUAUCAUGGUGAUGUUGAGGGCGAAACGGCGCCACAUGAGGGUUUCUAUGAAACUUCUGAUACUGGCGGGGAAUUGACCACAACCGAUGAUAUUGAUUCAAGCAUGAAUCUUAUAAGUAAUUUAAGUUAUAAUAGUAGUAAUAGCAAUACAUCUAUAGACAAUCGUAGUAGCAUAGAUAGAAGUAAAAAUGCACACAACUUGAAAUUGUCAUCGGGGAUGCCGUUGCCAAAGAAGCGUAAUCAUUCGAUGACAGUUAACACUGCCUUAGGUGUGCAUAGUAGUAGUAGUGCAGGUGCUGCUGGAAAACUGACCUCACAAAAGACUGGAGCUAUAACAAAGGCCACAAAACCUAUACUCUGCCCUCCAAAAGGACACUCUACAGGUGGUUCUGUAAGCUCACCUAAUUCAAGUGAUUGUUCUUCAGCUUCACCCAUACCACCACCAACCUCGGGAAAAACGCUUUCCUCACUACCGGCUCAACUGUCGCCGGUAGGUCGCAGUAAAUCGUUUCAAGAGCCUGGUGUUAAAUCACACUCACCCAGUCCGCGUCACAAAAAAUAUGCCCGUUUCUUUCAACGGCGUCGUUCGAAACGUUCCAAUGCCGGAAAGUCCGAAAAUAAAAAUAUCCAUAGCAACUAUAGUCUUGAUACUAUGUAUCAGAAUAUUGAAAUUACCAUACAAGAUGAGGAUGGCAAUUUUCAGCCUUAUGACGAUAACUACGAUACCUACAAAUGCAGACGCCAAAGGCGUAGUGAUGAUCUCGUUAAUGCCGAUGACUAUGACGACGACGAUGAGGAUAGGGAGGUGUUGAAAGAGUAUUCGCAAUUUUUGGACAAUCGUUUAAGACCACAUCGUCAUACAAUGUAUGGCCAUAGUGAUGAUGCUGGCGGUGAUAUAAGUGAUGCUACCAGUUCACGUAGUCGUUCACGUCUCAGUGAUAAUGAGCAUGUCUUUGGCAAAUUACUAAAACGUAUGCGUCGUUUGUCAUUGGGUUGGCGUAAACCGCGCUAUCAUAAACGCAGAGCUCGGAGUAUAUCGGAAGAGUUUAGCAGUGGUGAUACGCCUCGUUUUAAAGAUGAAGAAUCUGUGGAUAGAAUUGAGGCAAUGGCUGUUGUGCCAGGCGGUAGUGCAGCUGGCUGCAGUAGUGGUGGUUCCUCAUCGCAUCAUAGACCCGACUCACAAUUAGGUCACAAAUCGGAUAAAUCCGACAAAGAAAAAGAGAAGAAAGAGAAAGAACGUGAAGAAAAGGAUAUAGAAGCCAUUAAAGUAUUCGAUGGCAAUAAUUCAUUUAGACGUCAACUAUAUCGUGUCAUUGUAGUACCUCGUACAUACACUUUGGAACAAUUGCUAACGACAGCACUAAGAGCAUUUCAUAUAUCACGUGAUCCAAGUGCAUUUUAUUUAACCGAUUUGUAUGCACCAGCUGGUAUGGAAGAUGCACCAUUGCAAGAUCCCAAUCCUGUAUUAAGCUUAAAUCAUUUGGAAGGUAAACGACCAGCUAUAUUUCUAAGGUUUCAUGAUAGAGAUAAUGGCUUUGUACGCGUUUAUCCUGGCAAAUUGCAAUGCUCUGUAGAAGAGCCUUAUGUUAGUGUUCCUGUCGAUACUACGACCACUAUUAAGGAUUUGAUACGUGAUGCUCUCGAUCGUUUUGGUUUAGCCGAAAAUCAAAUCGAUGACUACAGAUGUUCCCAAGUAUUAUUAGAUAGUGGUGUUACCGAACGCAUUUUAUCUAUAACUGAACGUCCUUUGAAUAUUAUGAAACAAAUGGGCAAAGACUCUAUACGUCAAAUGGAAUUGAUGCGUUUCUAUAUGCAGCAUAGUCAAGAUCCUCAUGGUCCCAAUAUUGCUUUAUUCGUGGGCAAUCUAGAUCCGGGCAAGUCUCAGCGCAAAUAUGAAGAUUUCCUUAAUAAAUAUUUAAAUGAGGAUAGUAAAUUUACUAGUAUUGGUCCAAUCUAUUAUGAAUACGGUUCGGUUGUCUUGACCUAUGAAGAUGCCCAGAAAGCGGUAAGAGCUUUUUAUAUAUUACGUGAAGUACGUUGGGAUGGUAAAGAUUUGUUGGUAAUGCUAUUGCCAAAUAUUGAACCCAGCAUGGUACCGGCCGAUAUCAAUCCUUUGUUAGUAUUUGUAAAUGUUAAAUCUGGUGGCUGUCAGGGUUUGGAAUUGAUAUCGAACUUUAGAAAACUACUAAAUCCAUUUCAAGUAUUUAAUUUAGAAAAUGGUGGACCAUUACCUGGUUUAUACGUAUUUCGUCAUAUUCCUCAUUAUAAAAUCUUGGUGUGUGGUGGUGAUGGUACCGUAGGUUGGGUGUUGCAGUGUCUUGACAAUGUGGGUCAAGAUUCAGAGUGUUCUAGUCCACCUUGUGCUAUUUUACCGCUGGGAACAGGUAACGAUUUGGCUCGUGUUCUCUGCUGGGGUACUGGCUAUACUGGCGAUCAGGAUCCUCUUAGCUAUUUGCGUGAAGUUAUUGAUGCUGAGGAUAUACGUUUAGAUCGUUGGACCGUGGUAUUCCAUCCUGAAGAGAAACCCGAGGAACAAACCAUGAAGGUUACGACCAAUACAACCGGUAAGAAGAAGAAGGCUCAUCAAGCACAUCUAUCGCAACAAACAGAUCAGCAUCAUCAAGAACCGGCCAUUACAUCGAGUGAUAAAUCAGCUGGUGCCGCAGAUGACGAAUGCGAGGGUACGAAAAAUGAGGAUAAUACCCAGAUAUUUGUUAUGAAUAAUUACUUUGGUAUUGGACUCGAUGCGGAUCUAUGUCUAGACUUUCACAAUGCACGCAUGGAAAAUCCAUUUAAAUUCAAUUCACGUCUUCACAACAAGGGUGUUUAUGUGAAAAUGGGUCUGCGUAAAAUGAUGACACGUAAAUGUACAAAGGAUUUGCAAAAGGAAAUGCGUUUAGAGGUCGAUGGCAAAGUAGUCGAAUUGCCGCCAUGUGAGGGCAUUAUUAUAUUGAAUAUAUUAAGUUGGGGAAGUGGUGCUAAUCCUUGGGGACCUGAUAAGGAUGAUCGUUUUUCACCACCCAAUCAUUAUGAUGGUUUGUUGGAAAUUGUUGGUGUUACCGGUGUUGUACAUUUGGGUCAAAUACAAUCGGGCAUACGUUAUGCUAAUCGUAUAGCUCAGGGUGGCCAUAUAAAAAUGCAUUUACAUUCUGAUUUACCUGUACAAGUUGAUGGUGAACCUUGGGUACAAUGUUCCGGUGAUAUUGUGGUUUUAAAAUCUGCUCUAAGGGCCACUAUGUUAAAAAAGGUUAAAAACAAAAUGAAACGUCGUAACACCGAACCAACUAUGGCUUUAACCAAUCAACAAAUGGCUUUAGCCUUGCCACCGACUACAGCCGAAGGAGAUUCCGAAUCAGAAAUACCUACCAACAACACCGAUUUCUGAAUAUGGUACAGUGAGCGUUUGAUUUAAGGUUUUUUCUUUUUUUAUAUAAAAAUUUAUUAUUUAUUUAAUAUUAUUCUCAUACACAAACUAGAUUAAAAACAUUUAAAUACAUUUAAAUAUAGUUUCUUAAUAAUUUCCUACAUAAUUUUAGCAUUUUAGUAUAUUUUUAAAUAUUUUACAUUUUUUGUUUUAUAAGUUAAAACCUUAAAUUCAAAUUUGCUCUAAUUUAAAGCGAAAA